GAGGAAGCUGCUUCUAAUCUGGCUCAGCUGGAUAAGUGUGGACGUUCCUCUGCAUUUCUGAAUGUAACUUGGCGUGAUCAGCGCGACUUCCCAGGGUACCUGGUGGCCCCGGCACUUUGUGGGUGGCUAUUCGUUGUCAAGACACUGCUCAUUAUAAUUCGGAAAAAGAAAAACCAACGUUUUCCAGCAUUUCUCUUGGAGGGAAAACUAAACAGCAAGAAAAAUGUCUGUUUUCCCUAAGAUAUCUUUAAGACCAGAGGUUGAAAACUAUCUUAAAAAAGGCUUUAUGAAUAAGGAGGUUGUAUCUGCUUUGGGUAAACAAGAAGCAGAAAGGAAGUUUGAAACUCUGUUAAAUCGCCUGUCACACCCUCCAUCAUUCACAACAGUCAGAGUGAAUACACAUUUAGCCUCAGUACAACAUGUGAAAAAUCUGUUAUUUGAUGAACUUCAGAAGCAGUUUAAUGGAUUAAGUGUUCCUAUUCUUCAACAUCCAGAUCUUCAGGAUAUCUUACUUAUUCCGGUUAUUGGACCCAGGAAUAAUAUAAGAAAACAACAGUGUGAAGUCAUUGUUGGCGCCCAGUGUGGCAAUGCAGUGUUAAGAGGAGCCCAUGUCUAUGUUCCAGGAAUUGUGUCAGCUUCAAAAUUUAUGAAAGCAGGAGAUGCUAUUUCCAUAUAUUCUGAUAUUAAAGGAAAGUGUAAGAAAGGAGCCAAAGAAUUCAACGGAGCAAAAGUAUUUCUUGGAAAUGGGAUUUCUGAACUGAGCCGCAAAGAAAUCUUCAACGGGCUACCUCAACUGAAAGGUAUAGGUAUAAGAAUGACAGAACCAGUAUAUCUCAGCCCGUCAUUUGACAAUGUACUGCCCAGUUACCUAUUUUUACAGAAUUUGCCAUCUGCUGUAGUAACUCAUGUUCUGAAUCCUCAGCCUGGAGAGAAGAUUCUAGAUUUGUGUGCAGCGCCUGGAGGCAAAACAACACACAUUGCAGUGCUAAUGCAUGAUCAGGGAGAAGUAAUAGCACUGGAUAAAAUACCCAACAAAGUAGAAAAAAUAAAGCAGAAUGCUUUGUUGUUAGGGCUGAAUUCCAUCAGGGCAUUUUGCUUUGAUGGAACAAAGGCGGUUAAACUUGAUAUGGUUCAGGACACAGAAGGUGAACCUCCAUUCUUACCAGAAUCUUUUGAUCGAAUUCUUCUGGAUGCACCCUGUAGUGGAAUGGGACAGAGACCAAACAUGGCUUGUACUUGGACUUUGAAGGAAGUGACAUCAUAUCAACCAUUACAGCGGAAACUCUUUACUGUGGCAGUGCAGCUGCUGAAGCCAGGGGGUGUGCUGGUUUAUAGCACAUGCACUGUAACACUGGCAGAAAAUGAAGAACACGUUGCCUGGGCCCUCACAACAUUUCCUUGCCUUCAGCUUCAGCCCCAGGAACCACAGAUUGGAGGAGAAGGAAUGAUGGGAGCUGGCCUAACAUUUGAACAAUUGAAACAGCUGCAGCGAUUUGAUCCAUCUGUUGUACCAUUACAGGACACUAACAUUGAUUCUCUACAAGAUGCCAGAAUAGAAGACAUGAUUUGGCUGGCAAACAAGGACUGUAUAGGUUUUUUUAUUGCAAAAUUUGUAAAAUGCAAAAGCACAAAGGAGAAGGAUGUUCAGAAAUGAAAAUUCCAAAUGUGCUGUUUGUGUGUAUGUUUUAAACCAAAGUGUUGUCAUGCCAACUGAGUGAUGGCAUGGUUGCCAAGGAAACAGAAAAGGCUGUCAGCUGUUUCAUCAGGGACUGAGAGACAUUCAGGAAGUAGGAGGUAGUAUGAGAUUAUAUUUUGUGUGUGUAUGUGUGUUUUAAAGAUAUGCACAUUUAUUUGUUCAAAUAACAAAUAGAUAAACUGAAUAACAAAAUAUUCUAG